CUUCUUUCCUACCAUCCAUAUUAAUCUAUGUGACCUCAUUCUUAUCACCAUUUGUCGAUGAGACCCUUUCCACUACCUGCCUCCUAUACUUGCUGUCGACGUCAUCCUUUGUCGGGUGUCUUUUGCGACAACAUCCUUUAUCAUAUAAUCCACCUCUCACCACACAUGUUGUCUCGUGAUACUCGCUAGAAACUUAACAACAUCUCGACAUAACUACUACGAAAACUAGCCUCGCACUCUCAGGGAGGGGCAUGGCUGAUACAGAUAGGAACAGUGCGCUGGCUGGGUUGAGGCUUGAUACUUCUUUCGAUCUCGCACACAGGCCCCGGUGGCGGCCUGAAAAUGGGGGGCGAGGAGGAAUGGGUAGUGGAGAUGGUAUCGAGGGCGACCGUACCAACACUUUUCACGAUUAUGACGCAUCCCGUGGUGGUACUGAUGAAGACAACAGUGUGCUGAAUGAUUUGCAUUCAUCGACACCGCCAAUCUCCGUACCCCGUCCUGACGAACCUCCUCCGCAAGAUGAUGUCGAGUUCCCUCAUAAACCGGAUGAUAUCCCAGCUUCCCCUUUUGAUGAGUUCCUGCAAAACCGACGACCCUCCGUUAGCUUUGACCCGAAUGUUACCCUGAACUCGGGCCAGCCGCGACCGCUCGAAGAGCCGUUACCCAAAGGCGAUGGGAGGGUGCGAGCUCAGAAGUUCCAGCCGAGGAGCUCAGCUUUGAGGAACGCACUCCCUCAGGAAGAUGGCGGGACUCGUGAUGCUCAGCAGGAUAUCGACCGUCCGACUUCUUUGACAUCCGUGUCAACUGCAUCCCCCGUCACAGAGGAGCUGAGAACUCCCCCGGAAGCGUCGAAAGGCAUCCUUCCUUCUCCAAUCUGCGUGGCGUCCCCAGCACAAACAUUUGCGUCAUUGGAUGAUCGCAGCUCUUGGUCGGGAAGCGUGCCCACUCCAUUCGGAAGCAAGCAGAGGGGUCUCCGAGGCUCUACUCGUCAUGGUUCCCGCCGAUCUACUGCCUCAAGCGGCAAGUCACCAGCCAGCAUGUUCCUUUCUAUGUGGAGCACUAGGGAAGAACCUGCCCCCAAGCCUGACGAUGAGGGACAAAUGGUCGGAACCGAUUACGUCCUUGGAAAGCAAAUCGGCUUCGGUGGCUUUAGUACGGUCAAAGAAGCCUACAAAGUCGAGGAGAGCGGCGAAACCAAGCGGCUGGCUGUCAAGAUCGUUCGGAAGCAGGUUUCUGGCAAGAGCGAAAUGGAGAACGACGCCGUUCAAGCGGAAUUUGACCACGAAGUCGGGGUUUGGCGAUAUCUCAGCCAUCCGAAUGUUUUGACACUGGACGCGGUCUACGAGACCGAAUACGCGACUUUCUGUUUCACCAAAUUGCACAUCGGCGGCACUCUAUUUGACGUCAUCCGCCAAAAUCGUUCUGGUCUUGGGUUGAGAUUGGCGAAAAAGUACACCUAUCAGCUCGCCUGCGCUUUGCGAUACUUGCAUGAGGAUGCACGCGUGGUGCAUCGGGACAUCAAACUCGAAAAUUGCCUCCUGGAUCCGGUGGAGCUGUCCGAUGGCCAGACUUCGUCAAAUCUUGUACUGUGUGAUUUUGGAAUGGCAGAAUGGAUGUCCACGGACAAUGACGGUGGCUCGCCCGACCCUUACGACGAUGCAGCGGAUCGGCCACCCCCGCAGAAUAUUGGACCUGCUGGUUCCAGUACCAGCGUUGCAGGAAGCCUAGAAUACGCGCCUCCCGAGCUGCUUCUUUCUUCAUGUGGCAUUAUCGCCCCUUCGGUCGACAUGUGGGCGUUCGGUGUCGUCCUCUUCGCUGUGCUGGUAGGAUCACGACCAUUCCAGGACCCCUUUGCUCCUCGCAUCCAAAAUUGCAUCAUCAACGGCAUAUGGGACAAGAACGCCGUGCUGGGCGCGGACGAUGAGUUACCUGGUCGCCAGCAGCGAGAAUUUGCGCUGGAGGUGAUUGCGGGAUGCCUUGAUAUGAACCCUACAAGCCGCUGGACUAUUCGCGAUGUUCUGUCCUCUCGCUGGUUCCAGGAGUAUUCGGACGGUAUCGAUGACAGUGCCGUUGAAAGCCCAUGGAGACUGUAAAAGUUGUCUCUGGGGUCAUGCGGUGUGAUUUGUGUUAUGAGCCCUCGUUGAUCGAUGGGUCGUCACGGAUUGACACGGAUUUCUAAUUUUACGAUCUGGAGGUCGUUUCUACCUUAUAAUGAAUUUGGACGAAUGUGGUGGUGUUUGGGAUUUCGAUCAUAUUUGAUACCCUUCUCUUUUUCUCUUGUUGUUUCCCUUCCCUUCCUAUGUUACUCUCUCGCUCUCCCAUGGUGUCUUCUCAUUUUUAUUUUUCUGCUACUUUUUCUUUGAUAUGCGUCUGUUUUCCAAGCAUUGUCAUUUUGGCUUUUCAAUCCCCCAUUAUUCGCAUUUCCUUUCCAACAAGUUGAGCAAAAUCCCUGAGCAAAUUUUUGAGCAAAGUUAUCAAAAUGGUACGCGGGCAACCAGCAAGGCGUUUGUACGGUCGGAUCUUUUCUGCCUUAAUUAUCGUGUAUAUAUAUACCUAUAUUUAUUCGGAAGGUUUUAUUCUAUAAUAGGCUCAAGUGGCUUUAUCAUUCG